AUGGCAGGGAGCUCGUUUCUAGCUUCAGCGAGAGAAAGGACGGCGGCAGGAGCUAGUUCGGCGACGGGGGAAGCUUUUCUUCUUCGCUUGAAGUCGGCAGCGGGGGAAAGGGAGAAGAGAAAGCAGCGCGGCGGCGAAGGAGAGGAGGGAAGGACGACGAUGGCGGCGGCAGCUUGUUCGGCGCAGGCAGGGGAAAGAGAAGAGUUGUUGGUGAUGGGGGAAAGGGGAGGAAAGAGGAAGGAAGGAGAAGAAGGGGGGGAAGAAAAGGGAAGAAAAAGGAAGGAAAAUGGAGAGAGAAUCGGAAAAAAGAUACAAACGACUAUUACCAAGCCUUAGAGCCAAUCAGCUCCCUGCAUUGUUGAUUUGUUCUGUGAUGUCAUCAAUCAGUUGUUUGUUCCAAAUUGCCCUAAUUCGUGGAUCUUCGAG